AUGGGUGGUACGUCUACCAAAUUCAAAAAACAUCUACAGCGAGGGGAUGAAUACGCUGCUAUGCGGUUGUAUUCAAACUCUCCGGAACUUAAAGCUCUAGACCCCAAUUGGAGCUAUGGAGAUAGUCAUAAUCAUAAUACUCUUUUAUAUUAUGCAGCAAAACAUGGAAUGAAACACUUACUUAGGGCUUUCUUAAAUGAACAUAAUGGAAAUCCAAAUAAAAAAAAUAACUCUAAUGAAACAGCACUUCAUGCAGUUUGUUCUCUUUCUCCUCAAAGCCCUUACUCUGCACAAGAACGCCGUGCUGCCUGUGUAACAAUAUUAUUAAACUGGCAAGGAGUAGAAUUAUCAGAUGGAAGGAGAGAGAAAAUACGACUGAGUGUUCAAAAUAAUGAUGGAAACACUGCACUUCAUCUUGCAGCGGCUUCAGGUUUACAGUACUGUGUUGAUUUAAUGCUUUCACACGGUGGAGCCCCAAUAUUCAAGACUAAUAACCAAAAAGAGACUGCUUGUGAUUUGGCUGUGAAAAAUGGAAAUGAGACCUUAGCUCGUAAAUUAGAGUCUCGAAUGGUUUUUGGUGAAGACCUGAAAGAUAUUUUCACUGUUGUGGAUGAUUAUGAUUUUGGAGAGGAGGAAACAUAUGCUGGAUUGCGCACACAAGACUUACAAGAAGCAAAAGAUCAGCUAUUGGUAGAAACAGCUGAUAUGUUGAAUUUGCCAUUAUUUACUGCUGAAGCUUUGCUUAGGAAUAAUGAAUGGUCUAGAGAGAUUUUACUUGAACGAUGGGUUCGUGACCCAGACAAGUGUUGUCAAAUUGCUGGUGUACAGGUACCCAUGUCCGUGCAGUCAACCAAAAAAUUUUAUUUGAAUGGGUUAUUACAACAGACAAAUUUAAAUGAAGAAGCUCAACUUAAUGUUAAUGAUCAAACUAUUUGUGAUAUUUGUUUGAAUGAACUGCCAUUAUCUGAUUGUUCAAUUAAAUUGUGUUGUGAACAUAAGUUUUGUAAUUCAUGUUGGAAACAAUACUUAACAUAUAAAAUUAAAAGAAAAGACUCUAGCAACAUCUGUUGCCCAGCUUUACACUGCCAUAUUUUAGUUCCAACUGAACUUAUUGAAAAUGUUGUUAGUCCUGAAAUGGCUCGGAGAUAUUUUGAUCUUAAUAUUGAAUCUUUUGUUGAAAGUAACCGUUCCAUUAAAUGGUGUCCUGUUCCAAACUGUGGACUUGCUGUUCGCCUACCAAUCAGUAGAAAACCAAAGACUAAUUCUAAAAUUGCACGUUCAGUUGACUGUGGAAGAGGCCAUUAUUUUUGUUGGGAAUGUAUGGGAGAUGCUCAUACUCCAUGCAGUUGUCAACAAUGGUCUCAGUGGAUGACUAAAAUAUCGGAAGUUAAACCAGAUAAAAUACGAGAGACAACCGCAGAGUAUGAAGAAGCAGCUAAUAGUUUGUGGUUGGUCACAAAUUCAAAACCCUGUCCAAAUUGCAACUCGCCUAUACAGAAGAAUGAAGGCUGUAAUCAUAUGAAAUGUUCAAAGUGUAAGUUUGAAUUUUGUUGGAUAUGUCAAGAAAGCUGGAAAAAACAUGGUUCAGCUACUGGCGGUUUUUUCCGUUGCAAUCGUAUGAAUGCUGUUUGCAAAGCUGAUGAAAAACGUGGUCUUCUUGUAAAAGAAGCUCAACAAAAGAAUAAGCAAAGUUUGGAAUUAAGUAAAUUUCUUCAUUAUUAUACUAAAUUUAAAAAACAUGAAGUGACUCGCACAAUGGAAGAACUGUUUGUAGAAAUUGUCAAAAAUUGGAGAAUAGCUCUUUCAGCUGCCUUAAAUAUAUCUGAAGAUGACGAGCGUACAAAAUUUGUAGAAGAUGCAGUUGUUGAAGUGCAGAAAGCCAAACGUGUUCUGUGUGCAUCAUAUGUGUAUGGGUUUUAUAUGCUAUAUAGUGCAUAUAAUAGAAAUAUUUUAGAGUUUAUGCAGAAUGAAGUAGAGGAAGUUACUGAAAAGUUAUCAGGAAUGGUUUUAAGACAAUAUUUAUGUAAUCCAAGAAGUGCCAUUAUUAAUACUACUAGUAUAUUAAGACGAAAACGCCAUGAAUUUAUUAAUGCCAUAUCAGAUGGAUCUAUAUCUUUAAAAAGCAUGCCUUCUAUUCCACCGAAUGUUACCAAACCAAAAUCAACCACCAUGUCUCAAAAGCAUAUAAAUGCUACUGCUAAAGAUUUAUUAAAGAAAGCAAUUGGAGAUUCAAUUCAAAUCGAUCCAGAUAAUCCGUGGAUUGUAGAUUCAAAAGGAAGACAUCGUAACCUUACUGCUAUAUUAGAUUGGCCUGAAAGUUGUUCAGAUGAAGAAGAGGAAACUGAAUUGGAUCGAGCUCUAGCUGUUAGUGUGUUUGGCCAGUGUAAAAUGGAGCACUGUAAAAAAGCAAGAGUGAGGAAUCCUAGAACAUCAAAAUUUCAUGAAUACUGUAGCUUAAGGUGCAAAAAUACUCACAAAACUUUGUUAGAAGAGCGAAAAAAGGAAAAGCGCACCAGUAUUGUUGGUACUUUUGCAAUGGAUCUUAUUGUUGCACUUGAAAUGUCUAGACUUCAAAUGAUAAAAGAUGCUCAACUAAAGAAAAAGUCAGAGAUCGAAGAAGCAAGUUGUAGCAAAAAUUAUUCAGAAGUUGUUGAAGAUUCAAAUGACGAUGACCAGCAAUUGCAAAUGGCUUUACAGAUGUCUUUAGAUGAAAUUGCAAUGGCUAAAUCCAGAAAUGUAUCAAAGACUACAAACGACAAUGAAACAAUUUUACUUACUAAAAAUAUUCCUGAGAAUACUAUUUUAAAAACAGAUAUUCCUCUUAUCUUACCCAAAUGUAGUGGUAUAAAACUUGAUGAUGGUGUGUUUAAAGUAGGUGAUUUACACAAAAACAGUUAUUAUUUAGAUUUUAGUGAAGACAUAUACAGUCGUAUGGAAAAUAAAAAUCUUAGGCGAUCAUUGUCUUUUGGUGAUCUACUCUCACGUAGAGAUUUGUACAAAAAUAAUCGAAGAUACUGUGUUAAUGUGUAUCAUAUGAACAGUGAUGAUAGACAAGAUAAAAUAGAUAGAAAACGUGGAAAACUGAAUCACGGCUUUCAAGUAUUGCCUAGAAGAACUGCUUCCAUUCUCAUGGAAAUUAACAACAAUGGUGAAUGUCGUGCAGUCACAUCAUUGGAUGACAGCAAUAUUGCCGCUCCUAUAAGUUCAGACAAAAAACUGUGCAAUAUCUUGGCUCAACUGUAUUGGCAAAACUCAUCUAAACCAUCUAGCGUUACAUUGCCCAAACGUUUAAGUAAAAUAGGAAAAACCGCUGCUCUGGAUACAUCAGAUGAAACAUUAGAGAAUGAAUCAAAAACUCCUGAUGAACAACCUAUCAAGCCUGAACUUAACAUUAGAAUUGAAAAGUUCAGCAGUCAUUCUGAAGACAGUGCCGAUAAUGAUAUAUCCGCUGACAUAGAAUCAGAUACAGGUAUCCCAAAGUCACCAACACUCUUCAUAUCUGGUGUAUCUAUAAAUCGUACCCCAGAAACAAAGUCACCAGUAUCAGGUCGUCAACUGAGGUCAGCAAGCUUAACAGUACCAAAGUUUAUGUUAAAGCCACUUUACAAAGGUACAUCGGCUGACAAUUUAACUUCUUGCAAAGAAUGCAACGUUGUCCAUACAAAUAAAGCGCAUUCUUAUCAAACUUUGUUUAGUGAAGAUAGGAUGUGUGCUUCAGCUAAUAUGGCUGACAAAAGUAGAUGUGUGUUUACAUUUCCAAAAUCAAUGACUGACGGUGAGUUAUUUUCAACAUUACAUAUCGAUAGAAACAAGUUAAGCUCAGAUGAUUUUCAUGAAGCUUUAUUCCUUAAGAGACGGAAACACGAACAACAUUAA